CAUUUCAGUUUUGACUUAUUUUGGGCAGGCCUUAUCCAAAUACGAGAAAGAGUGGAUUCUAGAAUAUCCGCGAACGCACUUGUCUGAAUUCCAAGACAUGGAUUGUUAUGUUAAGAAUGGAGGUGGGCUGAUGGUGGCAGAGUUAAGAAUGGGUACUUAUAAACCUUUUGCAAUUAACUUAUUUCACAAGAAGUGCAGUAAAAAUAAACUGUUGAACACAAAUAUGAUGAAUUGCUCCCAUGAUUCUUAACAAUGUCAUAUUUAUGUAAAAAUAUUCCUUGAGAAUAUAUGUCACUGAUAAAUUUAGAGCCUGAUAAUUGCCCGCCAGAUGGUAGACUUUGAAGAUUACUUUCCUCAAUAAUCUGGGUCUUAAUUUUGAAAACUGAGGACCAUGUUCUGAAUUGUAACUUAAAACAAUUAACAUCUUUUUAAUUAACUUAGGAAUGACAAUGCUUGUUGUUUCCUGUUUAAAAUGGUGAAAUAGUAAUAUGCCUACAGUUUUACAUUACUGGGUUUAAUAAUUGUUGCAGAUCUUGUCCUUUUCCAUGGAGUGACAGAUGUAGUUGUGAGCCUAUUACAUCUGUCACAGUGCAGUGCGUUGCUUUGGAAACGGGGUUGGAAAUGUAGAAAGCUAUAAACUGCUAAGCACCUGCAAAACAACAUGGCAGCAUAAUUUCAGCUUCAUUUGUUUUUGAAUACAUUUCCUAAUGCUUUGGUUAUUUUUAAUAAAAAAAUACUUUACUGCAAGAAGUGCUGGUUUAUGCCUGAUUCCCAAAUAUAGAUUUCUUAAUAAUGUAACGUGUUGAUCUUGACACUUUAUCUUAGCUCCCAGAAAAUAUCAUUGGGAAGCAAUCAUUGAAUUCCCUAUGUUUUUAUUCUUUAAAAUCUGUGUUUUGGCAUAAAAGCUGAGACUGGGAAUUUGGUAUAUGAAGACAGGCAACCAUCCCGAAUCUGUGAUAGUGUUUUGGGACAGUACUGAUGAGUUGCUUGUAUAGUUUAAAAGCAAAUUUGCAUCCCUGCAAAUUAAUUAGCUCAUUAAUUGCAAAUGUAAACCAUAGAUAAAUUAUUUAUAUGGCAUAUUAUUUAAUUUGGAAAAUGCACUAUUAUUUUCUGGAAGUCUCCACUGGGAAUUUCACAAUCAGCUAUUUUAGGAAAUUCUAGCUUUGCUGCAAUUGGCUUGUGCAUUGAUACCAAAGUGGCUUGUUAGAUGAGCAGCUUGACAUAGUCCCAUCAAAAAUGCUAAUUUUUUUUCCAUUAUGCUCCAAGUAAAAUGUGCAGAAGGAAUGAACAGGUUAUACUAAUUUAUUUUGCAAUGUUUCUGUUUUAUUUUAAUGAGUGGAACUGAGUGUGUAAGCAAGUGAGCAUCACUUCUUUGGCUUGGUUGAGAAGCCUUCUUUCCUCCAACACCGUCAACAUUUGACUGUCCUACUAAAGUGAGAUCAGCAAGUUGGAACUUGGUUUGAUUGUUGAAGUCUGGAACAAAGGAUUAAUCUGGGAUACAAUGGUGGGCAAUGUGUGGAUACCACUAAAAAGCAUUCGACAGUCUGAUGAGGAAGGGCCAGGAGAUUGGUCGACUCUGGAUGCUGAAGUUUUAAUGAAGGAAGAUGAGAUAUGUGGAACCAGAUGUCCAACACCGCAUAAAAUCCUAUUAGAUACUCGUUUUGAGUUGCCUUUUGAUAUCCCAGAAGAAGAAGCAAAAUAUUGGACGCAGAAGCUGGAGGAGUUGAACGCCAUAAGGAAUCAUGAUGAGUACCCAAUUCGAGAAGAAGUCCAGAAGAAACCUUUGCCCACUGCUCCCUCCCAGUGUUCUCUUGAAGAUCCUGACAGUGCUGUUGAUGAUAGAGACAGUGAUUAUCGUAGUGAGACCAGUAACAGCAUUCCACCUCCCUUUCAUACCACAUCCCAGCCCAAUGCGUCUGUUCAUCAGUUCCCUGUUCAGUCAAGAUUUCAGCUCCAAGGAAGUUCACAGGACUGCUAUGUUGAUACAAUCCCAAACUAUGAUCUAGAUUACCGUGAAAAGAAAGGAAUCAGUCCUACAGGAAGUAGCAGAUAUGGCUCAUCAGGAAACCUCAGCCAAGGCAGUUCUCAACUUAGUGAACUUGAUCAUGAUAAUGAAAACGUCCAUGAGUCGGCAAUGGAUGACAGGCGAGAUCAAGAGUCAUAUCACUCUCAUCACAGUUCAGGUACACAGGAAUGGUAUAAUGAAGCUGAUAAACAGCCAGCACAUUCGAAUGAAAACAAGAUCAAUGAAUGUCAUGAAAAUUCCAGAAAAGUGACUGAAGCUGUACUCGAUACUCCCCUCUCUAACAUCUCGCCCCAGCUGGAUAUGAUUGCAAAACCACAUAAUAGUUAUAAUGAUGAGGAUAGUAUUCCUGUAUUUCCUCCUGCUCGAGCACGCUGGAUCCGAGCCAUUAACAAAGUCCGAAUGCAAAUCCAAGAGGCUCAGCUUGGAGGUGAUGGUGAUCCAUCCAAAUCAUCUUGGUUUAAAGGAGGGUCUGGUGGUGGUCUAUAUGGUAUUGACAGUAUGCCUGACCUUCGGAAGAAAAAGCCCAUCCCACUUGUUAGUGACCUGUCACUUGUUCAAUCAAGAAAAGCUGGCAUUACCUCUGCAAUGGCUACUCGUACUUCCUUAAAAGAUGAGGAUCUGAAAAGUCAUGUUUAUAAGAAGACCCUUCAAGCCUUAAUCUACCCCAUCUCUUGCACUACCCCACACAACUUUGAGAUCUGGACUGCCACAACACCUACUUAUUGCUAUGAAUGUGAGGGACUUUUGUGGGGUAUUGCUCGUCAGGGAAUGCGGUGCACAGAGUGCGGGGUAAAGUGUCAUGAAAAGUGCCAAGAUUUACUAAAUGCCGACUGUUUACAACGUGCAGCAGAAAAAAGCUCCAAACAUGGUGCAGAAGAUAGAACACAAAAUAUCAUUAUGGCAAUGAAGGACAGGAUGAAGAUCCGAGAACGGAACAAGCCGGAAAUCUUCGAGUUGAUCCGAGAUGUCUUUGGAGUAACAAAAGUUGCACAUGCCCAGCAGAUGAAGACCAUCAAACAAAGUGUACUUGAUGGAACAUCCAAGUGGUCAGCAAAGAUUACCAUAACCGUGUUCUGUGCUCAGGGACUUCAAGCAAAGGAUAAAACUGGCUCUAGUGAUCCUUAUGUCACUGUUCAGGUUGGCAAAACCAAGAAGAGAACAAAGACUAUCUAUGGAAACCUGAAUCCUGUGUGGGAAGAGAAAUUUUAUUUUGAAUGCCACAAUUCCUCUGAUCGUAUCAAAGUAAGAGUGUGGGAUGAAGAUGAUGAUAUUAAAUCACGUGUUAAACAGAGGCUAAAACGGGAAUCUGAUGAUUUCUUGGGACAAACUAUCAUUGAGGUUCGGACACUAAGUGGAGAAAUGGAUGUCUGGUAUAACCUGGAGAAAAGAACAGAUAAAUCCGCAGUCUCAGGUGCUAUUCGAUUGCAAAUCAGUGUUGAAAUCAAAGGUGAAGAGAAAGUUGCUCCUUAUCACAUUCAAUAUACCUGUCUGCAUGAAAACCUUUUCCACUGUCUCACAGAUCUUCAGAGUAGUGGUGUUGUAAAAAUACCAGAUGCCAAAGGAGAUGAAGCGUGGAAGGUUUACUUUGAUGAAACUGCACAAGAAAUAGUGGAUGAAUUUGCAAUGCGUUAUGGAAUAGAAUCCAUUUACCAGGCAAUGACGCAUUUUGCUUGUUUAUCUUCUAAGUACAUGUGUCCAGGAGUGCCAGCUGUAAUGAGUACCUUGUUAGCUAAUAUAAAUGCAUACUAUGCACACACCACUGCCUCUACCAAUGUAUCUGCCUCUGAUCGUUUCGCUGCUUCAAACUUUGGGAAAGAGAGGUUUGUGAAACUGCUUGAUCAACUGCACAAUUCACUUCGUAUUGACCUUUCCAUGUAUAGGAAUAAUUUUCCUGCAAGUAGCCCUGAACGGUUGCAAGAUCUGAAGUCCACAGUUGAUCUGCUGACUAGUAUAACCUUCUUCAGAAUGAAGGUGCAGGAAUUGCAGAGCCCUCCUCGUGCUAGUCAAGUGGUGAAGGACUGUGUCAAAGCUUGCCUCAAUUCCACUUAUGAAUACAUUUUCAACAACUGCCAUGAAUUGUAUAGUCGUGAAUAUCAGACUGAUCCAAACAAAAAGCAAGAUCUACCUCCUGAGGAACAGGGACCAAGUAUUAAAAAUUUGGAUUUCUGGCCAAAGCUCAUCACUCUAAUAGUCUCCAUUAUUGAAGAGGACAAGAAUUCAUACACUCCAGUACUUAAUCAAUUUCCCCAAGAGCUUAAUGUAGGCAAGAUAAGUGCAGAAGUCAUGUGGAACUUAUUUGCACAGGAUAUGAAAUAUGCCAUGGAAGAACAUGAGAAGCACAGACUCUGUAAAAGUGCAGACUACAUGAAUUUACACUUCAAAGUGAAAUGGCUGUACAAUGAAUAUGUCCGAGAUCUUCCAGCAAUCAAAGGGACGAUACCUGAAUAUCCAGCGUGGUUUGAACAAUUCGUAAUGCAGUGGUUGGAUGAGAAUGAGGAAGUCUCACUAGAAUUUCUACACGGAGCUCUUGAGAGAGAUAAAAAGGAUGGGUUCCAGCAAACAUCUGAACAUGCUUUAUUCUCUUGCUCGGUGGUGGAUGUUUUCACACAAUUAAAUCAGAGCUUUGAGAUUAUUAAGAAACUCGAGUGUCCCGAUCCAGUGAUUGUUGCUCAUUACAUGAGAAGAUUUGCAAAGACCAUUAGCAAAGUGUUGCUACAGUAUGCGGAUAUUCUUCUAAAGAACUUUAAGUCGUACUGUUCCAAGGAAACAUUGCCUUGCAUUCUGAUGAACAAUGUACAGCAACUCAGAGUUCAGCUGGAAAAGAUGUUUGAAGCCAUGGGUGGAAAAGAGCUAGAUUUGGAGGCAGCCGACACUUUGAAGGACCUCCAGGUGAAGCUGAACGGUGUUCUAGAUGAGCUUAGUGAUGUAUUUGGUGUAAGUUUCCAGCCUCGCCUUGAUGAAUGUGUUAAACAGAUGGGAGAUAUCCUAAGCCAGGUUAAAGGUACUGGGAAUGUCCCUGCUACUGCUCGUAAUAGUGUAGCACAAGAUGCAGAUAAUGUGCUUGGACCAUUAAUGGAUUUCUUGGAUGGCAAUUUGACACUGUUUGCCAAAGUGUGUGAAAAGACAGUGUUAAAACGUGUUCUCAAGGAACUGUGGAAAAUUGUGGUAAACACAAUAGAAAGGACAAUUGUUCUGCCUCCUCUAACUGAUCAGUCGGGUACUCAGUUGAUUUUUACUGCUGCAAAAGAACUGGGGCAGUUAUCAAAGCUGAAGGAUCACAUGGUUCGUGAAGAAGCUAGAAGCCUUACACCAAAGCAAUGUGCUAUAAUGGAUUUGGCCCUGGACACAAUAAAGCAAUACUUCCAUGCUGGUGGAAAUGGUUUGAAAAAGACUUUCCUGGAGAAGAGCCCAGACCUUCAAUCACUACGAUAUGCUCUCUCGCUCUACACUCAGACCACCGAUACACUUAUCAAAACAUUUGUUCAAUCUCAAACUGCUCAGGUGCAUGGUGGAAAGGGUAUUAGGGUUACCGCUAAUGAGGACGCUCUUCCUGACAAGGGCUCUGGUGUGGAAGAACCAGUGGGUGAAGUCUCCAUACAGAUAGAUCUUUUCACCCAUCCAGGAACAGGAGAACACAAAGUAACAGUAAAAGUGGUAGCUGCUAAUGAUCUGAAAUGGCAAACAAAUGGCAUGUUUCGACCAUUUGUUGAGGUCACUAUGAUUGGUCCACACCUUAGUGACAAGAAAAGAAAAUUUACUACAAAAUCGAAAAGCAACAACUGGGCUCCAAAAUACAAUGAAACAUUUCACUUUAUAUUGGGUAAUGAAGAUGGUCCAGAUGCAUAUGAACUUCAGGUCUGUGUAAAGGAUUACUGCUUUGCAAGAGAAGAUCGUAUUAUUGGGAUUGCUUUAAUGCAACUACGAGAUAUUGUAGAUAAAGGCAGCUGUGCUUGCUGGUGUCCACUAGGCCGCAGUAUUCACAUGGAUGAGACAGGUUUAACUGUUCUUCGGAUACUUUCACAAAGAACCAAUGAUGAAGUGGCAAAAGAAUUUGUCAAACUGAAGUCAGAAUCUCGGUCUGCUGAAGAAAGCAGUUGAAUCUUAGAGGGUUGCUUGUUCCAGUGGCUCGGGUCGUUUUUGUUUCUAAUUUAUACCUCGUGCCAAUAUGUGCAAGUGUUCAACAAUUCUCUUUUGUAAAUGGGACCCUCUGCACUACUCUGUUAUUGUUAAUAAGGCUGUGUUGUAUACCAAUCAAAGUAUAGAUCUUUAUGUGAAUUUUAUUUAUUUACAAUAAUCAAAAGGUUAAAUUGUGUUUAGAAAUAAAAUGUUAUUGCAUAAAAUAGGAUGCUUACAUUUAUGUAAAUAAUUUUAUUAACUGGACAUGAAGCCAAGAGUCUCAGAAUAUUUUUUCACUUCAAUUGAACACUGUGAUACCAUCAUUUAGUGAGAUGAACAACGGAGAAAUACUGACAAAAAUCCCACACUCACGCCUAGAGUCUCAGUUUUUCAUCUCUCUCUCAUAGGAUUGCCAAAGGUUGUCUUUUAAUUGUUGUAGAUAAAAUCAUGCAUUCCAUUUAAUAAUACUAAGUGUUUAGAAUCCAAUGCUAUGCCUGCUAGUUUCUCGUGCGGGAUUAAUUUGUGCGUGGGGUCUUUUAACCACAGAGGUGUCAAACUUGAAAUAUAAAACUACUGCAAUAAGUGGAUGACACUAUGGAAGAACGAUUGGCCAAAUAUUUAUUCAAAUACUUUUUUCUGAUUAUGUUUCUAAUAAAUUGUGUGAAAAUGAAGCCAAAUCUGUUAUCACUAUUAAUUUUGGAAUUUCUUAGCUAUCUGAAGAUUAUGUCCUAAGAUAGUUAACAUCUUGAAAGUCCUUAUUUUGAGCAUUAUUGUUAUUUGCUGAAUUCCUAAAAAGGUGCAUACAAAGCUAAGCUUCUAUUUUUAAUAUUUCUUUUGAACGUCAUAACAAAUUAAUCUGUAUUUCACAUUCACAUACUUGGCAUUAUUUCAUUUGGGGAAAAUCAAAAUCCAUUUUGAGGAUUUUGAUUUUGAUUUAAGGACUGCUUAUCCAUUAUCAGAUCCAUACAAUGGAUCCAUACAUUCAUGUAGGACCUCUGUCAAUCUUCAACAGAGAACUGAAAAAGCUCUUACAGACCUUCUGUCCUGUAGGUUAUCUGCAUUGGGAAACAGUUACGGUAUUUUUACAUUGCCACGUAAUGUACCAUUUCUAUAAAACAAAGUAUUGUAAUUAAUGAAGUCCCUAUCUAGAAGUUCCUUAAACCCAAAUAAUUAUUCUGUAAGUAAAUACAACUUCAGUUAAAAAAGGACUUUCAUAUUGUUCUCUUUAUAAAUAUUAAAAUUCAUAUCCUGAGGAAAAAAACUUAGACUACAGAUUCUCAGAAAACAAUUUUCUUGGGUUUUUUAGUCAAAUUGUGCAAUCAGAAUGAUAAAUUUACAUUGGCAAAAUGCACUGUAAGUGUCAAUUUCAUGUCAAAAACAUUGACACGAGGCCGAAACAAGUGUUCAUCUCGUAAAUGUGAACAAAUAUUAAACUUUUAUAAUGAACACUUGCAUUUAUCUAGUGCAUCUAAAGUGCUGAAACAAUACAAUCUGAAGACAUUUCACAAGACCCAUCAGGUAAAAACUAAGUUCCAGUUAGACAAAUUUUUAAAAAUAUAUAUCUAACUGUGAGGUAUGAGAUCCAUGUGUUGACAAAGGUAACUUCUUUUGUGUUGAGCUGUAUUGAAACCUGGGUACUAAAGUUGAACAUGUAACAUGUUUAAGUGAUUACACACUGAAUUUGGCAUUUUUGACAGAAAUUGGUUAAGAUUAAAUAACAUCAACCUGAUUCAGACUGAGAGUGAUAUUUUUCGAGGUGCAACUGCAGACAAGGCUCCACUUGAGCAAUGUUUACAGACUGAGGUGUGUAGUUCUGAUGAUUAUUGCCACUUUGCCCAGAAAUUCUUUACCAUCUUCUUUUUACACAAUUGCUUCAUUAAGGAGGAGU